UUUUUUUGGCGCUUCACUUUGUUUUUAUUACGAAAUAUAUGAUUCCCAAUUGACAGUACUUUGAGUAUUUUCUUUUAUUUAUUUACUUUUUUGAAAUUGAGGAUUUCUUUACGUGAUCAUUUGUUGAAGACUUUUGUGUUUUAAAUUUUAUUGUGCACCGCAGAACAGAAUAUAUUUGAAACUUUACAUCCAUCUGUAGACGACUGAAGCACCAUGACUAUGAAUAAGUUGGAUGCUACGUUGGAUGACGUGCAGAACACGCGAUUUGGGAAUAUCUAUCACGAUCUGAUCAAGCAAAUGGCCAAGACGACGCAGUUCACGGAGGGUGAAGUGAGCAGUAUUUUAAUGGUUUAUCACAAAUUCGUUUUGGCUAACGGUUCCAAGGCGAAGCAUAUGACAAAGAAACAAUUUUUCCACCUAUUCCUGGUUUUGUUCAAAAUCUUCGAUUUGCAAAUAAUUGAACGCAUCCUCUUGCACAUAACUUUGGAUAUGAAAAAGGAGGUAGACGCUGUUGCUUGGGUGCGCCUCUUCUCCGUCUUUAUGACCAACAAAUUGGAUCAGAAGAUCAAAUUCACUUUUCAAAUUUACAAUAUUCAUGGUAACGGAUUUUUGAAUCGUGAAAUUGUGCAACAUGCUGUCGAAAAAUUUUUCGUUGGCGAAGAUGAGGACGAAGUGAACGAGCUACGGUCGGAUAUGGUCGAUUUGCUGUUCAAGAAAUUCGAUGUGGACAAAGAUGGUGUGAUAUCGUUUGAUGACUAUUCGCAGGUUGUCAUGAAACAACCGAUGUUGCUGGAGUUUUUAGGACAAUGCUUUCCGUCCAUAAUUGGCACAACAGUAAUUGCCCUCUGUGCGAAUAUAAUGUCCAAGGUGAACUUUGAUAAACCGUGUGCAUGAAUGACUUGAAAUAUGUGUACAUUUCACUUUUUAUACACACAUGUAUAUUAUAUGUUGAUGCUUUACAUUUCCUUCUAAAUAAAUUACUUAUUGAUU